CAAAAAAGGGCUGGGCCUUUUUAAAAUGGGCCAUUGAGCUAGCCCGGGAACACUGGCCCAAUACGCAUGAUGACAGUGUCGUUGCGUGAAAAAUGGCGGGAAAAUUACUGAUAGCCAACCCCUAGGGCACAACGGCUUCAUCAUAGUCUCAUUCGUCUUCCGAACUCUGCAAUUUCGCCUGAACUCAUUCGCUUCAUCGAUCGCUCCACUGUGAAACAUAGAGCUGAUUUUCAUGGAGAUCGACGACGUCGAUGAGGAGGAAGUCGGAUUCUCCAGGAACUAUUUCCUGGCCAAGGAAUCGGGGAGCUCUUCCUCGAAGAAGUCCGGGCGAAAGGUCUCCGACAUCCAGGUCGUUGAUGAACAGGAGUUGAUAGCAGCAGUGGCUAAUAUUGAACCUAAGCACGAGAAGGAAAUCGCAGCCCUGAAGGAUAGCUACAAAAGCUCGUACUCCGAAUGGGUUUUCCUGCUUAGGUGUGGUUUUGGCCUGCUAUUUUAUGGAUUUGGAUCUAAGAAAGCCCUUAUCGAAGAUUUUGCAUCAACAGCACUAUCUGAGUAUACUGUAGUCGUAGUCAAUGGAUACCUUCAGUCCAUCAAUGUAAAACAGGUUGUGGUUACUGUAGCCGAACUUCUCUUGGAAUUUCUAAAAUCUAGGAAGAAGUCUCCCAAGGCGAACUUGCCUAACCUUCAGCAGCCAUUUAGCUCUCGAUCCAUGGAAGAUCUUUUUUCUUUCUUGGAUGGAUCAUGGAUGGAAGGAAAUGAUUGUUUUGUAUGCGUCGUUAUUCAUAAUAUCGAUGGACCUGGACUAAGGGACUCUGACACUCAGCGAUGUCUUGCACAACUAGCUGCUUGUUCCAACGUACGGAUUAUUGCCUCUAUUGAUCAUGUAAACUCACCUUUGUUGUGGGACAAGAAGAUGGUUCAUACACAGUUCAACUGGUACUGGCUUCAUACUCCAACCUAUGAACCAUACAAGAUUGAAGGAAUGUUUUUCCCUUUGAUCCUGGCACAUGGAAACACGACUCAAAGCGCCAAAACAGCCACGAUUGUACUGCAGAGUUUGACGCCCAAUGCUCAGAGUGUGUUUAGAGUACUUGCAGAAUAUCAGAUGUCUCACCCCGAUGAAGAAGGUAUGCUGGUCAGCAGCCUGUAUGCGACCUGUAGAGAGCGUUUCCUAGUGAGCAGUCAGGUCACACUGAACUCCCAUCUGACCGAAUUUAAAGAUCACGAGUUGGUGAAGAUCAAAAGGCAUCCCGAUGGAGAGGAUUGCUUGCAUAUCCCUCUUGCGAAGGAGGCUCUUGAGAAAUUGCUAUCGGAAAUCAACUAAGGUAUGGAUAAUGUGCGAUCAUCAACCACGUUCUUGAUACCUUAGUUGGAGAGGAAAGAAAUUUAAUAUCACAAGACCAGUUCGGAGUCGAGCCGAAGAAUUUGCUACUGCAAUCGGUUGAAGAGGAAGGAAACUGGAGACUAUUCUCAACAAGCUGUGCUGGACAGGAUUUAUGUUAUCUACUUGGAGGGAAAGGAACUCAGGACUCUUCAUAAACAAGCGAUUGGAAGAGAGAUCGCUGGUCUUGCUUUAAAGUUAGUUAUUGUUUUGUUGCUAAUCGGUUUUUCUUUAGCGAUCCGAUGUAAUUAGGUUCUUUGAAUUGUUCUGCCUCGCUCUGUUUUCGUUAGUUUCGUGAAGUUUCAAAUUUAUCAACAAAUUGCACUUGUUGAUAAUUCAUACAAAGUCAAAGAGUGGGUCCCAUUUAUAUCA